AUGGCUUCGCCCAAGGUUGCGGAAGCUCUGGAGCGAGCGCAGAACCUCGAAGGUGCCCCGCAGAUCACAGAAUACCAGAGCAUCAUAACAAAUAUCCAGUCUCUUUCCGACUCGUCCCAUCUUACAGCAGAUCUGAUAGCCGUCCUGGAUGCCAUAUUCGCGGAGAACCUGGGACUCAUCAACACGCGCCAACUGUUAGGCGACCUGAUCAGCACGCUCCGCACUGUGGAGGAUCACGAUGUGCGGAUCGAAGUCGGUCGAGAUGCCGUGCGCAAAAUCCCCUCCAGCCCAAAUUCGUCGUCUCUCAUCGAGCAAGCGGCCGCCCUGCGGGAGAUGGUGGCAGCCGCGCACGAGGCCAACGAGGACUUCCUCGCGGCGGCCAAGGUGCUGGCCAAGAUCCCGCUCGACAGCUCGCAGCGGCGGGUGCCCGACGCCGAGAAGGCGGCGAUGUGGAUCCGCAUCGUGCGCAACUACCUCGAGGUCGACGACAGCACGGCCGCCGAGACGUACCUCAACAAGCUCAAGAACGUGAUGCACACGGUCGACGACCCGGAGCUGAACCUGCACUUUCGCCUCAGCGCGGCCCGCAUCCAGGACUCCAACCGCCAGUUCCUGCAGGCGGCCAAGAGCUACCACGACAUCAGCUUUUCACCCGCCAUCGCCGAGGAGGAGCGGCUGCACACGCUCAGCAUGGCCAUCAAGUGCGCCAUCCUCGCGCCGGCGGGCCCGCUGCGGAGCCGCGCCCUCGGCCAGCUGUACAAGGACGAGCGGUCCGCCGGGCUGGAGGAGUACGGCAUCCUUGAGAAGAUGUUCUUCGACCGCCUGCUGAGCACGGCCGAGGUGGACAAGUUCGCGCAGGGGCUCGCGCCGCACCAGCUUGCCAAGACGUCGGACGGCUCGACGGUGCUGGUGAAGGCGGUGGUGGAGCACAAUCUGCUGAGCGCGAGCAGGCUGUACAGCAAUAUCGGGUUCGGCGAGCUGGGGUUGCUGCUGGGCUUGGACGGGGACAAGGCGGAGGACACCACGGCAAGGAUGAUUGAGCAGGGGCGGUUGGCGGGUUCGAUCGAUCAGAUUGACAGGAUUAUCUGGUUUGAAGGGCAUGAGGCCUCUGGGGAGAAGGGCAGCGGCCGGGCCGAGAUGCCGGUGGGCAAAGAGAUGCGGCGGUGGGAUAGCAAUGUGCAGGCAUUGGCCGAGGACGUGGAGCGGCUGACUGACGCAUUACAAGCGGAGUUCCCGGACUUUGUAGCCGCGCAGAUUGCGGUAUGA